AUGUGCGGCUCGCUAGUGAGCUCGGCGCUGGGCCCGCCUCCGCAAAUUCCGCGCGGUCCUGCUUCACAGGCACCCCGCGCGGGUUUGCUGUGGCUACGCGCCUCUCCCCCGCUCGCCUUAGUCGGUCGAGACAGAUUCGUCGCAAUUUCAGAGAUUGAACACUGCGGUCAAAUGUUCGUGAACAAGUCACGCGUCCACUUGACGCAUCGCUUCAUCAUCUGCAUCAGCAUCCCCUUCUCGGAGGAGCUCUCGUCGUGUCUUCUUGCGCUGACCAACGUUCCCAGGGUGCCGCAGCACAACCCGUUUGCCUAG